CCAGCCCCCUCCCGCCCGCGCCUGGCGGCGGCGGCAGCUCCACGGCAGCCGCGCAGCCCCGCGGAAUGGAGCGGCGCCGGGGCUGAGCCGGGCGCGCACGGGCCGCCGCAUGUGCCGCGCGGGGAGCGACUGCGGAGCGCGCGGGGAGCGAGCGCCAGAGGGCCCGUCGGAGCGGCCGCCGGAGCAGCGCCGGAGAUGGGAGAACAGCCCAUCUUCACCACGCGGGCGCACGUCUUCCAGAUCGACCCCAGCACCAAGAAGAACUGGGUGCCGGCGAGCAAGCAGGCGGUCACCGUUUCCUACUUCUACGAUGUCACCAGGAACAGCUAUCGCAUCAUCAGCGUGGAUGGAGCCAAGGUGAUCAUAAACAGCACCAUCACGCCCAACAUGACCUUCACCAAGACGUCACAGAAGUUCGGGCAGUGGGCUGACAGCAGAGCCAACACCGUGUUUGGCCUGGGGUUCUCCUCGGAGCAGCAACUGACGAAGUUUGCAGAGAAGUUCCAGGAGGUGAAAGAAGCGGCCAGGCUGGCCAGAGACAAGUCCCAGGAGAAAAUCGAGACCUCGAGCAACCAUUCCCAGGUGUCCAGCGUCAACGGGACAGACGAUGAAAAGGCCUCUCAUGUGGGUCCUGCUGACGCACAGCUCAAGUCUGAGAACGACAAGCUGAAGAUCGCCUUGACACAGAGUGCCGCCAACGUGAAGAAAUGGGAGAUGGAGCUGCAGACCCUGCGGGAGAGCAACGCCCGGCUGACCACGGCGCUGCAGGAGUCGGCCGCCAGCCUGGAGCAGUGGAAGAGGCAGUUCUCCGCCUGCCGCGACGAGAACGACCGGCUCCAGAGCAGGAUUGACGAGCUGGAGGAGCAGUGCAGCGAGAUAAACCGGGAGAAGGAGAGGAACACGCAGCUCAAGAGGAGAAUCGAGGAGCUGGAGUCGGAGCUGCGGGAGAAGGAGACGGAAUUGAAAGACCUCCGUAAACAAAGUGAAAUCAUACCUCAGCUCAUGUCAGAGUGUGAAUACGUCUCUGAGAAGUUAGAGGCGGCAGAGAGAGACAAUCAGAACCUAGAGGACAAGGUGCGGUCCCUCAAGACGGACAUCGAGGAGAGUAAGUACCGCCAGCGCCACCUCAAGGUCGAGCUCAAGAGCUUCCUGGAGGUGCUGGACGGCAAGAUCGACGACCUGCACGACUUCCGCCGCGGCCUCUCCAAGCUGGGGUCCGACAACUAGGGGC